GAUUUCUGUACAUGAAUCGCAAGGUCUUUUGGCAUUUUGCAUUUGAUGCUCUGCUAGCCCCCCGACUAAUGUGUAGCAUCUACCUGAGCUGCUAAUACGAUGGAGAUAUUUCUAAAAUACAAUUAUUUUCAUGUUACUCAUGUUGUCGACCAGUUGAUUGCAGUACCCAGGUAUUCUCUAAUGUUUAAUGUUGCCGACCAUUCGUGAAGAGGCGCAAGGAAGCCGCGAGUGAUUUCUGAUAUAUUAUUUGUUUGCACCAGCCAAGCCCCCAAUAAACCUCAACAAACCCCAAGGAACGCGGCCGAACAGGACAGCCGGUCAGCCACCCAUGUUGCGCACGGCGAUCGCCGCGGAGGCCCGGCGGCGCAUCUCCCUUGCCCCGGCAAGAUUCGCGCACGAGCUCGCGCAGGCGCAGGCGCAGGCCCAGGCCCAGACGGCCGUCCCUGAGCGGGGCGGGUUUGAGCCGUCGUGGAUCCCGCUCUACAGGAGAAUCUCGAGGCUGUACGGCAGGCCACCGGGGAUGGUGGCGGCGGAGAUGGACAAAUAUCUACGCAAGAGGCGCCCGCUCUCGGCGGACCAGAUCGUCGCCUACGUCCGCAAGCUCCGCAAGUUCAAGAGCAACGCUUGCGCGCUCGAGUUGAUGGACUGGAUGGAAUCUCGUGGAGCAAAGUUGACACCUGGGCAUCAAGCGCUGCGGCUUGGCCUGGUUUCAAAAGUGCAUGGGAUACAGGCAGCUGAAGAAUAUUUCUGGAGCCUUCCUGAUAAGUCAAAGAAAACUUAUUCAUCUUUGCUUAACUGCUAUGGUGAACACAGAAUGGCAAGCAAAGGUCUGGAACUCUAUGAGAAGAUGAAAGUCAUGGACAUUGUUCCAAAUACACUGUUGUACAACAACUUGAUGACUUUGUACCAAAAGGCGGGCCAGCCAGAGAAAAUCCCCUCCACAUUUGAAGAAAUGCGAGAAAGUGGUAUAAGUGCUAACAAUUUUACAUACUUAAUAUUGAUAGAAAGCUAUGUUACAAUGAAUGACCUGGAGGCUGCAGAGAAUGUCCUGGAAGAAUUGCAGAAGGUGGCUCCAGUUCACUGGUCCUUGUACACUAUGAUGGCAAACAAUUACAUCAAACAAGAGCUGUUUGGAAAGGCAGAAGUGGCCCUCAAGAAAGCUGAGGAAGUCAUGGAUAAAGCUGAGUUAUUGUCCUGGCAUUUCCUCAUCUCUUUGUAUGCCCGUUCUGGCAAUUCAACCGAGCUUAAGAGGAUCUGGGAGUCUUUGAAGUCCACAUUCAAGAAAUGCUCGAACAAAAACUAUCUUGUGAUGCUUGAAGCUCUGAGUAUGAUUGAUGACUUUGAGUCUUUGCAGCAAAUCUUUCAGGAGUGGGAAUCAAGUAAUGAACAUUAUGACAUGAGGAUAACAAAUGUUAUGAUCAAAGCUUACCUUGAUAAGGGCAUGAUACACGAAGCUGAGGCUAUCCGUCAGAGCACAAUGUCUCAGGGUCAUUGCAACGGGAGGACGGUUUAUAUGUUUGCCGAGUUCUAUUUGGACAAAUCUGAUGUUACCGCGGCACUGGAGAUCUUGAGAGAUGCAAAGAAGAUGCUUACGGCACACAAAUGGGUGCCAUCGGAAAAGCUUACGAGCAGAUUUCUGAAGCACUAUGAAGAGUCCAAGGAUGUUGACGGUGUGGAGUCUUUCUGCGAGUGCCUUAGGAAGCUCGAUUGCCUUGAUGCAGAAGCUUAUGAGGGCAUGAUGCGGACCUAUAUAGCUGCAGGUAGAACCAACCCAUCCAUUGCUCAGCGCAUCAAAGAUGAUGGGAUUCACGUUGGCCCUGAGACGACGAAAUUGCUGGAGCAUGUCUCCGGCAAUUGAAACUGAGAAGGAAAGAAACUUUGUAAGAACUCGAGGCCGCCGUAGAAUUUUUCUUCAUUAUAGAGCAGAAUUAUGACUUGUCAAAGAUGUCGUUAUCUCGUGAAAAGCUUGCUGUCACCGGAUUUCUGUACAUGAAUUGCAAGGUCUUUUGGCAUUUUACAUUUGACCCCCCUGACUACUGUGUACCAUCUAUCUAAGCUGCUAAUACGAUGGAGGAGUUAUUUUCAAUUA